CAAGCAGGGUUGUGUGUAUUGUAAUUGAUCUCAUUGGCAGUGAAGAAGAUAACGUUAGAAUGGUCUUAUUACCUCAAGGAAUCCACCCUGUUUUUCAGCUCCAACAAUCGUCUUCGAAAGUUGGGUCCUUUUAUAGGUUUUCUCUUCUCAACUACUAUUAGUUACUAUAGAAAAGCUUACCCCUUUCUCUGUCUGUCUCUGUCUCUCUCCUUUUCUUUUCUGAAAAUAAAAAGCAGUAAUCUUUCUUUGCAUUGCACUUUCUUAUUUUGGUGUUUCUGGUGAAAUGGGUGAUUUCGAUUAAUGGGCUUCACAGUCGAGUAGCUGUUUUCUAUUGGGUAGAGCUUGGUUAUAGUACCUUCUGCUCCAGUUGCUUUCUUUCUUUAGUUUUUCUUUGCUGGGUUCCUGUUUUUUUUUUUUGUUGUAAGAAGGGAGCUUUACUUGACAAAUGUUGUUUUGUUGCUUCGGGGAGGUUUAUUAUGGUGCUUGCAAGUUGCAAGUGAAUGCUGUUUAGAUUAAUGCUGUUUUCUCCCGAAUUGUUCAGAUCGUUUGAUUCAUUCUUAUGGCAAAAUGAUUUCAAUCGACUAAAAUUGGCAUAUAGGCUGAGGAAGGGAUUUUAAUCAAAAUUAUUUUGGAAUUUAGAUUGAGGAAGGUAACAUUGUACUGGUUCUAUCGGAGUAAUUUAGUCCUGCGGUAUUUUCUUUUGUGAUCUUUGUAGACUUGCCGGGUUCUUUAUUCAGUAUGGAUGCUUAUUGCUGAUAUUGAAAUUGCAAAUUUUAAGAGAAUAGAGGGAGAGAAAUUACUCUGUCUUGGUAUUGGUACAGCUUUUGCAUUCUGGAGAAGCAGUUACGGUAUCAUUAUUUGAUAUAUGAGUUUUAGGGUUUUGGAUGCUUUGGUUUAGGUAUCCUUUUUAUCUCUGAUUGAUGGCAAUUUCUGCCUUGGGGCUUUUUGUGGUUGAAAUUGGUAUAAAGCGGAAAAUUAGUGUUGUAGAAUUUGGUUAGUACUCGUUUCUUUUCUGCGGGAGCAGAAAUGGAUUUGUGGGUUGUUGGAGCAGCAGCUGCUGCUGGAUAUAUUGCUAAAUACUGGCAAAAUGUUUCCAGGGACAAGGAUAGUUUAUCAGGGUCUGAGCUCUCCAAAUGUGAGAAACAUGAAAACCCCAGCUUUCCCUUAUGCAGAUCGACUCGGAGAAAGAAACUAACAGGAGCUGCUAAUACAGGUGAGAAAUUUUCAGAUAUGUACCGGUUAGACAGUGCUUCAGAAUUAGAGGUUUCUUCUAGUGCUUAUGCUGAGAAGCGUGGAAGUUCAGGAGAUUAUGAUGAAUCCAAUAUACUUUCUUUGUCAAGCCCAUCAUCUGGAGUCACAAUGAACGAAAUCCUAAUUGGAAAUGGGAGUGACAAUGGACUGAGGGAUGAUACCGGUGAUAAUUCUGGCAGUCCUUGUACUGGUGAAAUGGAUUCUUUUCAUGAAUCUAAGAUGAAAACAAGCUCUCUUAGGACCAAAAACAUACAUGGCCAUUUUAUUAAACCAUUAAAUUCCUUAGAAAGCUGCCUAAUGGCUCAGUUGUACAAGGAACACACGAAAAUGGAGGAGUAUGUGCUUAGUGUCUUUCCAUCACCAUCCAAAAAAAUGAGGCCACUGCUUGUUACUGAUGGAAACCAAAUAAUUAACAGACUAAAUAAUGAUUCUUUUAGUGCAUCCAUUGGUACAGAUGACAAUAGGCUGCCUAAGGAUGAAAAUGCUUGUGGGGUUCCUCCACUACCAAAAAUCAGCAAAUUCAAUGUCCCCAAGAAGAUAAAAUUCAAAGCAAGAGAAGUGUGCAAUGGAAGAUUCAGCAAUUCCCAUAAAGCAGGCAGUGGAAGGCACUUCCAUUCUCAAAAUGGUCCGCUCGAUCAAACAUAUUUAUUCUGUUUGGGUAUUUCAGUUGGCAUAGCUUCUUCACUCUUAGCUAGUAGAAGAGAAGUAGACAAACUACAAGACCUGUUGAAGCAGACUGAGAAUUUGGUUCAAGAUUUACAGGAGGAACUUGAGAUGAAAGAUUCAUUGACAGUGAAAGAGCUAGCUGAUGAGAAAUGUGAAUCACAGGAUACAUGUGAGAACUCCUUGCACUACAGGGCACUAAACCCUCUCUUUCCUUUACAGAAUGUCAAUAAUUCAACAAACAAUGAUGGUAAAGAGUCACAGUCUGAGAGGGCCGAGGAUAAUUCAGAAGACAUGAGUAAAAUUGAAGCAGAGCUUGAAGCUGAACUCGAGAGGUUGGGACUAAACAUGAACAAAUCAAGUUUGGAAAGAAUAUUGUCUGAUGGUGUUGAGCUUGAUCCAGACGUUAUAGCAGACCUCGCUCAAGGUGAAUUGAGGGUUGACAUGUUCAAUGGGCGAGCUGUUUGCCAACCUGAGUCAGAUCGAGAUAAAAGUGGUACCCCGACAACUCACAGUGGAAAUUAUGCAGUUUCACCCCAAGAGCUGAGCCUGCGUCUGCAUGAAGUCAUUGAAUCCCAACUUGAAGAGCGUGUGAAGCAGCUCGAAAUGGCCCUUCAAAACAGUCAGCAAAAGGUGCUACUGAUGGAAUCUGAGCAUAAGAAUGUCUGGAGGAAAUUCUCAAACAAUGAGCUGACAUACUCCUCUGAUGAAGAAAGUCCAAUUACUGAAGAAAAUAUCAAUUCCACAGCCCAGCCUCUGGUUAUGAAUUUAUCAGGGGAUGCUCUAGAAGCUUACAAUGAAGCUUAUGAAGAGUUAAUGAAGAUAAAUGAGUCGGAAGAGGAUGAUUCGCCAUCCACCGCAUAUGAAAGUAUGCAUCCAUAUAAUCAGAUCAUGCUACAGUGUUGUCAAGAUGGCGCAACAAAUGGGUCGAUGACUCGUCUCAGGAACAAUAAAGAGAUACCAUCAUCAAGAGAAUCAUGUGGCAGUCAGUUAAAGGUAGCAAUAAAGCAUAGCCAAGGAAUUCAGAAGUUGCUAUAUGAUGAUACAAGCGAGGAUGAAAACAGCGGUAGCAGUGAUGAGAUGGAAAAGCAAUUGAUAAAGCAAAUUGUGGAGAAGACCAGGAAAGGCUCUCCAGUAGUGCUAAAUGCUCAAAGACUAUUGUUUUCCAUGGAUGAAAAUAAACGUUGAUUUAAAGCAACAGAAAUUUUUGCAGUGUAUAGAUCUUUACAGAAUUAACAUCUAUUGGCAUUCAAUCUAAUUAUCCAUUGAUUUUA